AUGAUCGAACUCGGGCUUGCCCGCAUCGGCCGACUGCUCAGCCACACCAAGCUGCCAUGGCGCGCCAUACACGUUGCUGGCACCAACGGCAAAGGGUCCAUAUGCGCCUACGCCUCGGCGAUGCUGCGAGCAGGCGGCAUCCGGUGCGGAAGAUUUACAUCCCCGCACCUGAUAGACCGGUGGGACUGCAUCACGAUCGACGAAGUCACCGUCGCGGAGUCACUAUUCCGCGAAGUCGAAAAGGAAGUCCAGGCGCGCAACGAGAAAGAUGCAAUUGGCGCAUCGGAAUUCGAAGUCCUCACUGCUACGGCAUUUGAGAUAUUUACCCGCGAAAACAUCGAGUUGGGUGUCGUUGAAGUAGGCCUGGGCGGCCGCCUUGACGCUACGAAUAUCCUUGAGAAUCCACUUGUUACUGUCAUUUCAAAGAUUGGACAAGAUCAUCAGUCGUUUCUUGGAAACACGCUCGAGCAAAUUGCCUGGCAGAAAGCAGGCAUCCUGAAGCCUGGUGUGCCCUGUGUGGUGGACGGUACGAAUCAGAGUGUUGUUCUGGAUGUUGUUAGGGGUGUUGCGAGUGAGGUUAAAGCGGGAUCUGUAUUUGCUGUGGAGGAUACGGCACAUACUACAGAAGCUGGAGAUGCAGGCAAUGGGGAACACGUCGGAGGUGCUGGAAAUGCAGGAAGUGAGGGGAACGUCAGAGUUGUAGUAGGAAACGCAGGAAAUGCAGGAAACGCAAAAUCUUUUAGUUCCCGUGUCUGGGAACACCUCCCCCAGACCGACUUUGAAGACCACCAGCGCAUGAACAUCCUCUGUUCUUUCCAGGCCUUCAUUCUCGCGCUCAAAGCUAUCCGGCCCAAUUUGGACCCCUGGCAUUUACUACCCGCCGUGGCGCGCGCGCAGUGGCCAGGCCGCUUGCAGAGGAUCAACAUCGAGUCCUUGACGGGAAGAAGUGAAGAUGUUUUACUGGACGGCGCACAUAAUGCCCAAAGCGCAGAUGCACUGGGCGCCUACGUGAACAAGAGACUACGACAACGACAAACCGCAGAGUCCCAGCCGGGACCAGUCACGUGGGUCUUGUCGCUUUCCAAGGGCAAAGAUGUAUUGGAGAUACUCAGACCCCUGAUUCGAGACGGAGAUUCCGUUGCGGCUGUCAUGUUUGGGCCCGUCGAUGGUAUGCCGUGGGUAAAACCGGCCCUGCCGGCGGAUAUUCUCGAGGGGCUGGACGCGUUGGGACUGCAUAAUGUGCAGAAAUAUGAUGGUAAUGAUGAUAUCCUGGGCACGCUGAAGUGGGCGUCACAGUCUGCGCAGCAGCGGCCGCUAGUGGUGGCGGGAAGUUUGUAUCUUGUUUCUAGCAUGCUGAGGCUUUUGAGAGAGAGGAGUAUUUGA